CACUGAAGUUGUUUUAGUAGAGACACACUCUUUUGCGGAGUGACUUCUUGUGUCUUCAUGCGGCCAUGGAUCUGGAUAAACCAUCUGUCUGGGGCUCCUUAAAACAGCGGACCAGGCCUUUGCUAAUCAACUUGAGCAAGAAAAAGGUGAAAAAGAACGCAAACAAACCCCUAGACUUAAGGGCGAGGCAUCACCUGGAUCGCCGCCUCAGCCUCUCGGUCCCUGACCUCCUGGAGGCUGAGGCCUUGGCCCCCGAGGGUCGGCCUUACUCUGGGCCCCAGUCCUCCUAUACUUCAGUGCCCAGCAGCCUGUCAACUGCAGGGAUCUGUCCCAAGACCAGCGGUAGCUCCUUGAAACAGUCUGAAGAAGAAUUGGAUUGGAGCCAGGAAGAAGCUAGCCACCUCCACGUGGUGGAAACGGACUCCGAGGAGACCUACGCCUCUCCCACCAAGGACAGGAGAGCUUCCAGCAAUGGCAUCUUUGAUCUGCUCCAGAAAACUCCCCUCGGAGAGGAUGCACCGGAAGAGCCGGAGAAGCUCUGUGGAAGUGUGGAUCUAAAUGCUUCUCUGACAUCCCAACAGUUUGAAGAGCAAUCUACCCUCGGGGAAGCUGGCGAUGGCUUGAGUAACCUGCCCAGCCCUUUUGCCUACCUCCUCACCAUACACCUGAAGGAAGGCCGGAACCUGGUCAUCCGAGAUCGCUGUGCCUUUAAUGUAUUUCCACAAGUAUAUGAUCGAGAUUUAACUACAUCUGAUUUUAUGGGUUCUGCAUUUGUCAUUCUCAGUGAUCUUGAGCUUAACAGAACGACUGAACACAUUUUAAAAUUGGAAGAUCCAAACAGUUUAGAAGAUGACAUGGGAGUGAUUGUGUUAAAUUUGAACCUAGUAGUAAAACAGGGUGAUUUCAAGAGACAUCGUUGGUCAAAUCGGAAGCGUUUAAGUGCCAGCAAGUCCUCUCUGAUACGCAACCUACGGCUCUCAGAGUCCUUGAAAAAGAACCAACUCUGGAACGGCAUUAUAAGUAUAACUUUGUUGGAAGGGAAGAAUGUCUCAGGAGGAAGCAUGACAGAGAUGUUUGUCCAGUUAAAACUGGGAGAUCAGAGGUAUAAAAGUAAGACACUGUGUAAGAGUGCAAAUCCGCAGUGGCGGGAACAGUUUGACUUUCACUACUUCUCUGACAGGAUGGGCAUUUUGGACAUUGAAGUGUGGGGAAAGGACAGCAAAAAGCACGAGGAGCGUCUGGGCACGUGUAAAGUGGAUAUCGCGGCGCUCCCUCUGAAGCAAGCCAACUGCUUGGAGCUGCCGCUGGAGAGCUGCCUGGGGGCUCUGCUGAUGUUGAUCACACUCACUCCCUGUGCGGGGGUCUCCGUCUCCGAUCUGUGUGUGUGCCCCUUGGCAGACCCCAGCGAAAGAAAGCAGAUUGAGCAGCGAUACUGCUUACAGAACUCCCUGAAAGAUAUGAAGGACAUCGGCAUUUUACAAGUGAAAGUUUUAAAGGCAGUCGAUCUCUUAGCAGCUGAUUUCUCAGGAAAGAGUGAUCCUUUUUGCUUGUUGGAGUUAGGCAAUGACCGGCUUCAGACUCAUACCAUUUACAAAAACCUCAACCCCGAGUGGAACAAAGUUUUUACAUUUCCUAUUAAAGAUAUCCACGAUGUUUUGGAAGUGACAGUGUUUGAUGAAGAUGGAGAUAAACCCCCUGAUUUUCUUGGAAAAGUUGCCAUUCCCUUGCUGUCUAUUCGAGAUGGACAACCAAAUUGUUAUGUAUUGAAGAAUAAAGAUUUAGAACAAGCUUUUAAAGGAGUUAUUUACUUGGAGAUGGACCUCAUAUAUAAUCCGAUCAAAGCAAGUAUUAGGACCUUUACUCCUAGAGAAAAGCGCUUUGUUGAAGAUAGCCGCAAGCUGUCCAAAAAGAUCUUAUCAAGAGAUGUAGACCGUGUGAAAAGAAUCACCAUGGCAAUAUGGAAUACAAUACAGUUCCUUAAAAGCUGCUUCCAGUGGGAAUCCACACUGAGAAGUGCAAUAGCAUUUGUGGUAUUUCUGGUCACUGUCUGGAAUUUUGAACUGUACAUGAUCCCUCUGGCAUUAUUGCUGCUGUUUGUCUACAACUUCAUCAGACCCAUGAAAGGGAAGGUUGGCACCAUCCAGGACAGCCAGGAGAGCACAGACGUAGAUGAUGAGGAGGAUGGCGACGACAAGGAAUCCGAGAAAAAGGGGUUAAUUGAAAGAAUCUAUAUGGUACAGGAUAUUGUUUCCACUGUUCAAAACAUCUUGGAGGAAAUAGCUUCUUUUGGAGAAAGAAUUAAAAACACAUUUAACUGGACGGUCCCGUUCCUUUCCUUCCUGGCCUGUUUGAUACUGGCAGUAGCUACCAUCACUUUGUAUUUCUUUCCACUUCGGUACAUCAUUUUAAUCUGGGGCAUAAAUAAAUUUACUAAGAAGCUUCGAAAUCCCUAUGCCAUCGACAAUAAUGAGCUACUAGACUUCCUCUCCAGGGUACCGUCUGAUGUUCAAAAGGUGCAGUACGCGGAAUUGAAACUCUGCAGCAGCCAAAGCCCCCUUCGGAAGAAGCGCAGCGCGCUCUAGGACACACAACGACUUGCGACACCAGCACCGGAUCCUGUGUUUGGUUGAUUAGACCAAUACUGUCGCUCUUUCAGUGGUACCCGUGGUGUCAUUCCGAAACGCGUCUGUGUGCAGCCCUCUCGCAUUUGCCUCCCUUCUUCACGCGCCAAGAUGCACACACGCGCGUGCGCACAUCCGCAUGCAUGGGCGCCCUAGUGGCGUACCGGUUCAGCCCAGCAGAAGGAAACAGCCCAGAGACUAUGAAAGACUUCCAUCCCUUCUCAAAUAGGAGACAAAGCAGGGCUGCUGUGGGUCUGAACACCCUCCUUGAGAACGGCCAGGAGACCACUUGGAUUCGAGAGUGACUUUGAACUUGUUCUCACACCUCCAACAGAUUCUCAUUAAGAUUCAGUGCUUUCCACACUCCUUUCAGAUUUUUGUUCGUGCGAGUCAGUUUUUUCUCUGAGUUAACAAGCCUUUGAUAGCCAUCAUCUACCCAAAUAAUGUAUAUUAUAAAUAGAUUUUUUAAAUAGCUACCAAGUUUAGCCCAGAUUGAGAAUCUUUCAGCUGUGAUUACUGAAGACCUAUAUGUAAAAUUUCAGUAAACGCCUCGCUGCUGGAUCCAGUCUACAUCACGGUCCACUGCUGGUAAUGGAUGCCCCAGGAAGGGCCAAAGGGAUCCCUCAUCCGAAAAGUCAAGUUUUCAUGAAAGUUUUUGGUUGCCUUAAAACACCAUUUCUUCUGACUUUACUUUUUGCUUAUUUCCAGAAUAAAAUGUCAAUAUUACAGCUUCAGGAAGGAGGGGAAGGGAUGGAUGAAUGAACUUUGAGAGUAUUUAGAAAGAUAAAGAAGAGGAGCAAAGGAUGAAUAAAUGUGGCUGCUUACCUGAUUGUCAUAAUCAAUUCCUUUGCCUGCCUUUUUGAGCAGAAGGUAAAAAUAUUUUAGCAGUCCAAAUUGAUCUUUUGUUCCUCUCCUGAGCAAAAUAAGCUACACAUAAUAAA